AUGCUACAGAGGAGAGAGAGAGAGAGAAACAGAGAGAGAGGGCAGUCUAAGAGGAGGAGAUUUAAAAUCCUUAACAGCAGCAGUAGCAUCUAAUAUCAGCGCAGAAACAGAACGUGUGUAUCUCUGACCAGUUGACCACAAUGGCUCGAUGUGGCUUUCUCAGUCUGUUUAUGGGUGCAUGGAUCACUGUAAUCAUCAUCAGCAUCAACAUGGAUGUUUCUCUUGGAGAUCAAGCAGUGGACUGCUGUUUGAAGGUUAGCUCUCAUAUUAUCCCAAAACGCAUUGUCGCCUGCUACCGCGAGCAGCGCAAAGGUGAUGGCUGCCUCAUCAGUGCUGUUGUAUUCCGAACUCGGAAAGGCCGGGAUCUUUGCGCUCCCCCUGAAGCCGCCUGGGUUCAAGACCUGAUGAAUGUGGUGGACGCCAGGCCAAUUAAGAAAUUCAAGGAGGACCUCUGUCAAGGCAUGAAAGCUUAGAUUGCUUGGGAGAACACACACACACACACACAGACUCCCACAUGGUCUGGUGAAUAAAGCUGGAAGAAGAUGGCAGCUAAACAGUUAAAUUGCCUAGUAAUUCAACACCGUUUCCUGUUAAAGCAUGCUUUAAAAUGAUCUUGUUCUUUACGUUAUAAUGCCUCUGCACCUUUAUAUUACAUAACGUUUUUUGUUAUAUGCUUUUUGAAGUUCUAUUAAACUGUGACAACUUGGGAUCUUCUUUCCAAACACAAAAAUCAUGUCCAUAUCUAUGAUGUUACUUUUGCUGUAACUGUAGGUCUAUCAAUAAAUGAAUGAAUAUGAAGAUUAGGGCAUUUCUCAGCUGCUCUCUGUCUUUUACAAUAGCUUAUUGCAAACUAAACGAAAUAAAAAGCAGAAGUAAAUUAUUGUCCAUUUUCCUUGCUUGGUUUGUUCAUUAGGGAUAAAUUUUUCCAAAUUUUAAAAUGGAUGUAUUUAUGUAAUGCUGCUUGGUGACAGUGCCUGUUGUUAGAUUCACUAAACAAAUGCAACCGAAUAGAAUUUAUUUAUUGUGCAGCUAGAUUUUUAGUGUUUGGAAAUGGUGAUGCAGAAGUCUGAGUGGUGAUGUAAGAAGACAGUUUGGUGAAAAAAGCUGACCUUGAGCCUUAACAGCCUGACAGCACGCAUUGUUAAUGACAUGUCUUGUGUAUCUAGGGCUAAAAAUGAUUUUUAUUUAAGUUUAAAGAUUAUGUUUAUGUAUAUCUUUGUCUUUUCAUUAACAUCUUUGUACUAUUGACUUAUAUCCUGAACUCUCAUGGAAAGGAAUCACUUAGAUAAUCACAAAAUAAACGUUAUUUAAGUUACAAA